AAACAAACCUUCAACAGCUUGAGCAUUGACGUGUUUAUAAACGAUUAUGCAAGUCUAUUGUUGUCGCGUCAAUUGACAGCCUCGUUUAUGUCCCAAGCAGUCGGGCGUCAACCCAAGUCUAUGGAAGAAACCACCGUGCUCACUGUGGAGAGCUAUCAUAGCUCAGGCACAAGCUCAGGCACGGAAAACUCAAGAAACAGUUCGUAACAUACUGACAAAUAGAUGACGCGUUGCGCUGGAAUAAAUUGUUGCGCGUAAAAGUGAAUAUGCGAAUGAGACUCUACAGAAGGUCCCUCCCUACAUGCCUAGCUAUGGAUAUGAGACGAGGGGAAGCACUGGUCGGAUGAUAUGGAUGCAAAGGAAAACAACGGAGUCUCAAGGCGAUGUAACAGUAUCAACUGGGCUAUUCCCUGACCCCUAGAGAGGAUCCGGCACUUGUUGUGAGAUGUGAAGAUGAUCUGAAGGCUUGUCGAAGAUGGGGGUUUCUAUACAAAUCGUGACAAUAGCGGAUUCCUCUUCUAUGAAGGAAUCGUGGUGUCGUUCGACGUUCAGGCGUAUCGACUAUGGUAGGAACGGAUCUUCAGGUGUAGCAAAUUUAGUAGUAGAGCUGAAGAAUAGACUAAAACAUUCGAGAUGAAAACAAAUCGAGAUCGGUUGCGGACUGAGCGAUAGACUGUCAAGAUGAAAGGAC